GCCAACUAAAACAUUCAACAGUACAUACAGGAAAUCGAGAAAGGAACCCAACUUGUCAAGAUGCCAGAUGUUAUUGGGAACCCAGACAAAAGAGUGUUUACUCCUGGCAGACUACCACAAAUAUCUGAACCAGUAAUGAGGUUGAAUCCUGCAUCGGAUCCAAGAAAGAUGAGAAGGAUCAUUGCUGAGGAUCCUGAAUGGUCCCUCGCCAUUAUCCCUCUUUUAAGAGACCUCUGUCUCCAACAUAUUGUUAAGAACUUUGAAAACAACCCAAUUCUGAAUGAACUUCAUCCCAGUCACAGAGCUAAAGUGCUUGAAAAAUUAUCCACCAAACUCCCACUAAAAGUUACAGCCAACCUGAUCAGUGAUGAAGGAUACUGGAAUAGGUGCUGCACAGAGCGCUGGGGAGUCUGUGAUGUGGCCUGUUAUGAGAAUAGCUGGAAGAGAAUGUUCUUUGAACGUCACUUGGAGAAAAUCAUUGAGCUCUUCAUCCCUGACGUGACUGACAUCAAAACAGUCCUGGAUGUUGUUCCUCUCUGCAAGAACUAUGUGAAAAAACUGAACAUAUCUCAGCUGCUACCUCCAGUAAAAGAACAACAAAUGAAUGAGGAUGAUAAUGCUUCAGACACCGCAAGUGAUCUUGGCCAUGAAGGUCCCUCAAUUGACCAUUUUGACUUUUGCACUCUCUUGGACAAACUAACUCAUCUGGAGGAGCUGCACUUGGUUUAUGGGGUCACUGGAUGUGGGAUGAAUUUUGAAUGGAACCUCUUUGAAUUCACCUAUCGGGACUGUCAGUCCCUGGCCAAGGCUUUAAAGUCUUGCAAAACAUUAAAGGUUUUCCGGAUACAUCAAAGUAAAGUUGAUGACGAAAAAGUGAGGUUACUUAUCAGCAGUUUGUUGGAUCAUCCAUUCUUGACAGUGCUUGACCUCUCCCAUAACCUGAUUGGGGACAGAGGCGCAAGAGCUAUCGGAAAACUGAUUAAUGAAAGAAAAAUGAAGAGUGUCACCGUCUAUGAUAACAAGAUCAGGGCUCAUGGUGCCCAGGCCAUUGCCUAUGCUCUUACCAAAAAUACAACAUUAACAUCUUUGAACCUCAGGCUGAACCAGAUAGGAGAUGAAGGAGGUCAGGCCAUUGCUCAUGCUCUUCUAAAGAAUGCUACUCUUACAAAUAUUCAUCUGGGAAGUAAUGAGCUGACAGAACCCACAGCUACUGUUCUAUCUCAGGUUCUUGUUCAGAAUAAAACACUGAGGAAUAUCAAUCUCUCCUGCAACAGACUGGGACUGGACGGUGGUAAACAGAUUCAAGAAGGCAUGUCUUACAACACGACUGUUGUGGAGUUUGAUGUGCGUCUGACUGAGAUUGGGCAGGAGAGUGAAUACAGCAUCAGCCAAAUCCUCCAAAACAACCGGGAAAAAGCCAGAAAGAAACCGAUCACUGAAUCCGGUGUGAAGAAAUAACACAUUCUGAGUUCAGUAUUUAUGAUGAAGAUUAAUUUAAUAAAUGAAACAUUCCCUGAAAUUUAAGGUAUCCUGAUUUUCCAUGAAACUAUAUAGAAUACUUAGUCAUUUUUUGCUGCAGAUUACACUUUCAAGGUGUCAGUAAAUCUACUGAGAUUUCUUCUGAUAAACGCAUUAUAGCUGUUUAAUAUAUUAAAGAAACUAUGUGUCAUAUAUUUAUUUUAAAAAAAAAAUGUCGAAGUUAGGUGAACGUUCUUUGUUUUAGGCUGAGUGCAUGCUUGAUUUAAUGCCCUUUAAUGUUAUUAAACUUACCUAGUUUAAAGAGAUAGCAUCGUAGUAUCAUCUGAAUUUCAUGUUAACAGCCCCCAAAAGCCUAAAUGCUAAUAAUCACAGUACCCUCACUCUCUAGCAGUUUUAGAUAGAAUUUCAUGUCUUGUUUGUUUUGUUUUUUCUGUAAUGUUACAGUAAUGUUAUUAUUGGUUAAUUUGCCAUUUAAAACUUUGAUACACAGAUUUGGUUUGCCGUUUUUGUAAUUGUACAUAUGCAACACGAAAAAUGUGAUAUUGUUAAUAUACAUACAGACUAUAGCCUCUCACAGAGAGCUUUUAUUAGUAGUAUACAACUAAACUUCUGUCAAUACCUUAGGCAGUUUAAAGUGGUUUUACAUAUUACAGUACAUUUACUGUCAGAUAUCAGAAAGUACUGUAAAGAGGUAAUUGAUUGUUUAAUGUGUUGAAUAUUAAUGCAAAAAAUCUAUUAUGCUUUGUAAAUACAUUACCCAAAAAUAAGAUGUCUUCAGCAGGAACAAAAAACGCCAAAAAAACAAAACACAGGGGUUCAUGUAAGUUUUGGCACUGUCACAUUGAAUGUUGUUCAGUAUCAUUUUUAUCAGCCACCAUUCCACAAUCCAGUUUUUGGGAUAAAAAUGUGGAUGCAAUAUCCAACCCAAACAUCCGUGGGACCCAAAUUUAUCACCAAACAAUUGUUCUGGCUGCACCACUGCUUACAGAAAAAAAUACAUGACAAAAUACCAAUGGAAUUCCAUAACAAGACCAGUGUAUUGCUCUAAAGAAACCUUAGCAUGACCAUUGCACUGUGGUCCAGAGACAGCAACACACUGGUUCAUAUGGUACCAUAGUACUGCAAGAGAUUACCAAUAUGUAUUGAUUUAUACUGUUGUGCCAAUAUCUGUGAUGCUUCUACUACCAUUGAAGAGCAUUUGGGAAGUGACAAAGCACUUUUACAAUAGUUCUGUACAAUAUAAUUAAUUUGACAUAAAAACAUGGCUCUUGCAUAGUGUGGCAGAGUAGGGGGAAGAAAGAGGUGGUCUUGGUGUGUCGCGCACAAGGUGGAAGGAUAUGUGGUAUAAAGGCGGAUUUAAAAUGUGUUUAUGGCUGUCUGUGUGAAGGCUAAGACUGUGAAACCUGUGUGGUUGGACCUAUGUUGGCAUAUAGAAAGGUACUUUUUAUAAUAUGUGUACUUUGUGUACAAGCGUUUUGGUAAUUGGUAAGUGGCUUAUAGUUUAGGUUGUAUUUAAAAGUUUAGUUAGCACUCCUUAGAAGGAGUUAGGCUUUUGUUUUGUUUUGUUCCUGCGUUUUGUUGUAUUUUGUUUAAUUAUCUGUGUGAAUAAAAGCAUUAAAAAGACAGUUCUUGUAUCUGGGUCAACUAUUUAAAGGGUGCAGACCAGCAUGGCCGGGAUGCUGUGGCAAAAUAGCCAGACUUUCUUGUAGACUUUUAUGUGAUGUGUUUUGAGUUGAAAUUAGGAUAUGUCUCUCUAAUCUGAAUAUUUUAAUUUUUAGUGUGGUGUGAGGCAAUAAUUUGCUGAUGGAUUUAAGCAACAAUGAAGGAGAGCUUUUAGGACAUGCAAUGCUUUUCUUCAAGAUGAGUAAAUUAAACUUUUGCUUUUUAGUCAUUAUAGUUUUGGAUAAUUUGAUCUUAUUUGGAUGUGCUUGUGUACUUUUCAAUUGAACAAUUUGUUUUUUACUAGUUAUAAUCUCCUUUAAUUUAAGUUAUAUUUUCUUAUGUCUGGGAGACAUAAGAAAAUUUUUCUUGUAAUUGUUGUUCAAGUGAACCCUAUUUUAAGAAGACAAACAUUAAGAAGCAAAAGCAAGAACUUUUUUUUCAUCCCAAAACUCAAAUGCUGACUUUGUAACUUAAAUUUGAAAAACACACUAUUCAAAUGACACAGCAAUGAGCAGGAUAGUGAUGGGGGGCAUAGUUUUUGUUAU